GCACACGAGGUGUCCCGUACGAAAAUCGAUAAAAAGAAGCCCGUCGUCUCUCGCGGCGGGAAUGAAUGGAGAUAGAGAUUCGGCGGAGAUUUCACCGUAAGACUCUUUUUCUCGCAACGAGACCGGAGAUGCGAUUUUCGGCCCGGGGCCGCUAGAGUUCGCGCGUGUUCGUCGAUAGUGGAGGAUCGAUAGUGAGUCAGCGGAUCGAGUUUCUGGCGGCGUUGGCCAACGUUUACGUCAAAUUCCCGAAUAGACCUCGACGUAAUUUCACCGUGUCUCCCGAUGGCGCGUAGUCCGGGUCACGUUAGCGGGGAGAAACGAAAUACAGUCGAUCGAAAUGGCGCUCCGAUUUGCUUUGUUCAAUUCUAAAAAUCAAUCGAUACCCGACGACCCCCAUUUCCUCCCGAUCUUUCCCCUCUCGCGCGGUCGAUGUCUCAACCGUCGGAGGCUCGAGGGAGGACGAGCGUAGCGCGCGCGGCAGGUACGCUCGCGUCGGCGCGCGUAGCGCGAAUGCGCGUAUCCGCGACGGGCGUAAUCCGCCGUUCCUGCGCUUAUGCGCACUCGCGCUUGCGCAUCGUUGCUCCUGCGGCGCGGCGACCGACCGGUGUGCGCGCCUCCUCGUCGCGCGGCACCUCUUCUCGGGUCCACGGUCCGCUCGCUCCGAUGACACCUAAUACGUCCAGGACAAUCCGCGCGCAUUCAUUCGCGAGUCGGGCAUCGAGGAUGCCGCCGUGGAGAGAACGCCGUGGACAAAAGGGGAUAUCCUUUCAUCCCGCGCCCGAUACCCGGGGACGUUACACGCGUUAGUCCUGCGAACAUUGCCGUUGGUGGUCGAACGCUGAGAAAAAGGGAAAGAGGGAGGACGAAAAAGAGAAAGAUGAGAGGCGCGUGGAGCAGAGGGGAGGGGGAGGCUGGUGCGAGCAAGAGGGUACGGAAGAAGAGUGCCGACAUGUCGGCGUUGAACACCGCGCUUUAUAGACGCGGGAUAAUCCUCUGGCUGGCCGCCGUCCUACUGCUGGCGUCACGAUCCACGCAUUCUGCGCCGGUAUAUGACCAAGAUACCACACAGAUUGCAGAGUACGAUGGAGUCACCGUUGGAUGUUACUUCAACUAUCAACGGUAUCAAGAAGGCGACAGGAUCAUGACGAGUGAACCAUGUCUGAACUGUACAUGCCACAAUCGAAUGCUGAUGUGCUACUUGAAGGUCUGCCCCUUCACGAAAGCGAUCGGCCAGGAUUGCACGGUGGAGAAACGUCCGGAUCAAUGUUGCCCCGUGAUCACCUGUCCGGAAGUACCGGUUCAGCUGUUGACGUCGACGACAAGCGCACCGGCGACCUUAGACUCCACGGAAGUCGGUUUCCACGACAAUUAUGGCUGUCAUGUCGACGAGAGGUUUUACGCAGACGGCGCUAUGCUGCCGUUGGAUCAUCACAAUCCUUGCGAGCUUUGCUACUGCAUCAGAAAUAGAACCACUUGCGUCAUGCAAGAGUGUACUUUACGAGUGGCUGGAUGUAAACCGGUCUAUCAGCCGGGUGUAUGUUGUCCGAUCAAGUACAAUUGCGAAUACGAUGAGGAACUUAGCACCACGGUUGGUCCAACUCCCGGUCUCAUCAUGACCACAACGCUACCUCCUGGCGUGUUACCUCAAUGUUAUUACGAGGGUAAAGUCUAUGAAGAUGGCGAUCUGAUUUAUUCCACUCAGCCCUGCCAGCAUUGCUAUUGCUUCCGAGGCGAAAUCGCUUGCGCGGUGCAAAAUUGCGGAACGCCGAUGCAAGAGCAUGGAAAGAAUUGUACGGCCUUACCGCCACCGGAAGGAGAAUGUUGCCCGACUACAUACCAGUGUGAAGAAGGAAUGACCACGGUGAUUCCUCAACUUCCACAAGAUGAAGGUGAACAGCUUCCGGAACAAGUACCAGAACAAGAACCAGAACAAGUACCGGAACAAGAACCAGAACAAGUACCAGAACAAGAACCGGGGCAAGUACCAGAACAAGAACCGGAACAAAUACCAGAACAAGUACCGGAACAAAUUCCGGAACAAGUACCAGAAGAAGGAACUAUCGAACACAUUACUCAGGGACACAUUCCGUCUACCGAAAAACCUGAAGAACAGCCCGCAACAUUACCAGCAGAAGAGACAGAAACUACUAUUGUUGAAAAAGAAUCCACUCCUUCUCACGAACAUGUUACCGAAACGUCUCCUGUUGAGACAACAUCGAAAGAGGCAGACGCAGCGGAAGUGCCUUCUGAAGUAGAAGCAGAGUCGGAAGCGCCUACGACAGUAGGAGCCGAAGAAAGUCCAGUUACUAAAGCACCUGUCACUGAAUUACCGGAAGCUUCGUCUAUUGCAGAAGGUUUACAACCAGAAAAGGAGGUAUUAACGAUAGAACAUGUACCUGAAGUACACAUAGGUACAGAAGAGAAUAUAAUAGAAAAGGACCAUGGUACUAUUGCUCCUACUGAAAAGGGACAAACGAUUGAACCUUCCAUUAGCGAAGCAACGCAGACUGAAGGCCCAGUAACAGAAGAGGAGACUACUAGCCCGCACGAAUUGUCAACGCAGACACAAGAAGAAACGACCGAAGUAGAAAAGUCAACAGAAGAACAAAUUAGCGUGACGAAAAUGCCGGAAAGACCAGAGACUUCCACUGAAAUAAUUGAGAAGAUAACAUCGUCAACUGAAGAACCGAUCAGCACUGUUUCUGAAUCUAUUAGCGAGCAGCCGAAGGAAGGUAAACCAGAAACUACACCGGGUGAAUUCUUGGCAACGCAAACGGAAUCACCGAAAGAAGAAGAAACAACGACUGUCGCGCAUGAGAUAUCCAGUACUGAACAACUCAUCACUGAGAAAGAAGAAGUAUCGUCUCCAACGGAAACCGCUGUUACGGAAAUGAUUCCGACGACUGAAGUAAGGGGUCCUUCUAAAGAACAACCUACCGAAGAACAGAAACCGGUGCCAAGCGAAGGCGAAAAGGAACAACAGCCAGAAGAGACGACAUCUGAGCAUGCAAUUGAAGAGCAAGCCACUGUCGGCGCUAAAAAAGAAGAUGCCGGCUUGACUGAGAGUCCAGUGAUGGGUGAGGCAUCUACGGAGGAGUCACAUGAGGAAGAAGAAUCAACUUCGAAACUUCCAGUUCAAGGCCCAACUGGCAUACCGAUUCCCGCUCGAAGCCCAGAACAGAAGGCAGAGGACGAUAGUGUGUAUCAUGUGACGGAAGACUAUCACGGUGUUACACACCCAGAAAUUGGUCCUGAUAAUCUCAUAACUGAGUCUCCACAGAAAACACCUACAACACAUUUCCCGCAGGAACAAGAGACUACGCUGGCCCCACCGGAAGAAACUGCAAAACCAAUUACGACGGAGAGUACUGAAGUGGAAGGAACCACGAAGCCGACGCUAGAACAAGCUACGGAAAUAAACUUACCAACUCAAAAACCUGAAAUCAUAGUCUCUGAAGAAACGAAAACGGAAAGCACACCUGCUGUCACCGAAGUUCAGACCAGCACGGAAUUUUCCGCAACUACUAUCGCUCAGGAAAUAUCAGAAGAAGAAGUACCUAAGAAAUCUAGUGUGCCAGAAGAGACAGAAACUAAAAUACCACAAACGGAAAUUCCGUUAACAGAGAAGACCCCCAGUGGCGAGGAAAUGUCUACGGAAGGACUUUCCGUCGAAGAAUCUAGUGAAAGUUCUACUGAGAAAAUCAGUGGCGAAAAAGGUGAAAAAGAAGUGCAACCAAAGAAGGAAGAGAAAGCAGAAACACAAUCUCCAAUCGCAACGGAACCAGCUCCCGAAACACCUACAUCUAUCCCAGCGGAGCAUUCGACGAUGCCUUCGGAGCUUGGAACAGAACAUGCAACGGAAGGUGAACAUGUUACUACUGUAAUUCCUUCUGAGCAAUCAACGCACGCGCCAACACAAAUCGAAGAGAAAGAAACUGAAAUUGUUCCCGUUGAAAAAGAAGAACCAGUUACUGAAAAACCAGUCGAGGAACGUGUUACAGAACAUCCCAUUGCAACACCAGGCAUACCUAGCGAAAAGGAAAAAGAACAAACCGAAGAACCUGUUUUGGAAGAGGGGCAAACCACGGAAGCGAUAAAGACGAUAGAAGCUGAAGAAAAACUUACAACGCGAAUACCCGCUGUCGAAGAAGGAAUAACCGAACAACCGGAGCAAUAUUCUACAGAGAAAGCUUUGGAGGGCGCUGCUGUUACAGAAAGACAUGGUCCGGAGGAAAUAACAGAAAAGGAACCGUCUGAAGAAACUGUAGAAUUGAAACCAACGGAAGUUACUGGUGUUGAACACACAGAAUCGCCCGUUGAACAUCCCACCGAGGCAGGUGAAAUUGAAAAAGGAGAUGAAGAAAAGAUUUCUGUGGCUAUAUCCACGGAGGAAGUGCAAACAGAAAUUCCUGUAAUUGAAACUGAAGCCACCGAGACAACGACUGUGGAAACAGAAAAGAUGCAAACUGAACCUUCCGUCAGUGAAGAACAUGUACCGAGCCAGCCUUCGAUUCCUUCAGAUCGCAAGGAAGAUCAGGGACCUAUUGAGCCAGACCUAAAUAAAGAGCAAAUAACGCAGAAACCAGCAAAGGAAAUAACUGAAGAACCACAGCAACCAACAGUUCCUUCUGAAGAAGAAACAUCUCAUAUUCCAUCUUCUACUGUUACUGAAUCUAUUCUACCAGAAGAAAAACCGGCUGAGGGUAGUACAACGGAAUCUGCUGAGGGUGGUGAAGCCGUUAUACCGGAACAGCCUGAAAUAUCGAGCGAGCAACCAGAAAAAGUCACAACUAAACCAUCCGAACAGGAGGAACAAACUCAGAAACCAAUCACUGAAGGGCAGCCGGAGAUACAUGAAAGGAAGGAAACUGAAACGUCCAGUCCUGCAACUCAUGAGGAGUCUACUAUAUCUCCUAGAAUUCCUGAAAGUCCAGUUGAAGGUGAAGAAAGCGCAGAUGUCAGUAAGACGACCGAAACUAUAGAAAGCGAAAGUACGACGAUACCAAUAUUAAUUCCUGAAGCAUCAACUGAGCUGCCUGGAUUAGAAGAAUCUACGAAGCACGAAGUUCUCAUCGAGGAAGGAAUUACACCUACGACUGAAACCGUAUCUUCGGAAAAAGAGCAACCGGGAAUACAAGAGCAAGCCACGCAACCGUCGAUACCAGAAGAAAUACCGAGCAAAGAAGAAAAUGAAAUGAAAGGCUCAGCUGAAAUAUCUACUGAAGAAAGUAUAACUCCUGAAACAUCAGAAGUACCGAUUACUAAGGAACAAACACUGAAGCCCGAAGAAGAAAUUAUAAAAAAAACUGGCAUCCCAGAGAUACCGGAACAUGAAGAAAAAGAAGAACAUUCAACAGUUAUUCCAAAAGAAACACCUGAGAUGACUAAAUUACCGGAAGUGCCUCAAUAUACAACGAACAUUCCUGAAGAGACUUCUGUAGAAGGAGAGAGUACAUCGGAGACUGUACCUCGUCCAUCAGGUAUUCCAGGAGAAGGUAACUGUCUCGUGGAAGGACAGUCUUAUAGCAACAAUUCGGCGGUUCCACCGGCAAACGCGUGUCAAACCAGUUGUCGUUGUAUCAGCAGUAUUGUACAAUGCGAACUUGUACAAUGUCCUGCCCCGCCAGUGCACUUAUCGAAUUGCAUGCCAGUUCACACGAAUGGAGAAUCUUGCUGUCCGAUGUACGCUUGUGACUCUACUCCGACUGCUGAAUUAGAAUCUGAUAGUCAUGUGAUCGAACCUCAUAUAUCCGGAGCCGAAGAAGAAAGCCAGAAGACUGUUCCGCCUACGAUACCAACAGAAGCUGCGACAGAAUCGAGUACAUUAGUUGGUGAGAUUAGUACGCCGGAAUCACGACCUGUAGAGAUUACUGUUACUCCAUCUGAAGAAGAGAUAGCAAUUGAGAGACAACAGACUACUCUUAAACCAACUUAUGAACAACCAACUACAGUUGGGCAACCUAUCGAGCAAUAUCCUGAGGAACAUACCAUUAGUCCGGUGUCUGAGACAUCUCAAGAAUCCGCCAGUCAAAUACCCGAAAUACAUACUGUGCCAGGGGAAACUAUAGAAGACAAAGUUAAAGAAGAAGGUAUAACAGAAUCAACAGCUUCGACUGAGCAACCGCAGGAAGAAAUUGGGGAGAAGCAGGUUACUGUUAGUGGUGAAGUAAUUACUUCCACACAUGUACCUGAGGAACCUCACGGCACUGAAGUUACAGUUCCUACAAUAGAGAAAGAAACUUCUGUUCCUGUCGAAAUAGAAAAAGUUACGACGGUAACAGCUGUUGAAGAAGAAACCAUUACGCCAACUAAAGAAGAGGAGAAACCCACUGAGGAAAAAGGUAUCGAAGAACAGUCGACGAUUAAACCAACUGAGGAAGGACUUGAAAAGGAACAACCAGAAGAAGAAAAAGUUCCAAUAAAGCCAACUUCCGAGGAACCUGCUGAGGAACCCGAAACAUCCACAAAACCGGAAGAAAUCGCGACGGAGAAACCAGAAAUUCCAGAGGAACAAAAAACUGUUAAACCAACCGAGUAUGAGAUUACUACCGUUCCUGAAAUUCAAUCGACGAUUAAACCCGAGAGUGAAACUGGACACAAAGAAGAAAAAGAACCAGAGACAGUCACAAUAACUGAAAUUGCUCCAACUGAGGAACCAGAAAGCAUAACAAAAUUGUCUGGUACCGCUCCAAGCGAAGUAGAAACACAGAAGCCAAUUAUACCUGCUGUUGAAUCGACAACACUGAUACACGAACAUACGGUAAGUGAGGAGGCGCCGAUGGAGGAACAUACAACUAUAAAAUCUAUGGAAGUUUCCACGGAAGAAGUCACGAAAACGGAGCCAGAAAUUUCAACUCAAGCUCCUGCAAUUGAAGGAGAGCAGGCUAUAAUUCCUGUCUUGCCUGUUGAAGUAGAAUUGCCUAGCGAGGAAACCACUACACUAGUCGAAGAAACAACUCCCGAAGUUCCCCAUGAAGAAGUAUUGCCAGGAACCACGGAAAGCGCAAUAGAAAAGGAAACUACUGAACAUGUUGAGAAGCAUACAGAGCCAUCAGUUACAGAACACGGAGAAGAACCAUCAACCACGAAAUCUUCCGAAGAAAAACCAUCUGAAACUGAAUCUCCCGUCAGCACAGAGGAACCAGCGAAAACUAUUGAAGUUGAUAAAACUACUGAAGCAGAAGCAGAACAUGAGCCCACUGAGACCAGCGUUACUCACGAACCGGAAAGUACGCAAGUCUCGAUUGAAAAGCACUCAGAAGCUCCACCUGAAAUUGAAUCUCAUACGCCUGAACCUACCGAAGAAUACACAGUAGCCGGGGAAAUUUCAACACCGUCCGCAUCUGAAGAAGUCGGCGAGCAAGCUACUACAUCGAUCGUAAAAGAAACUGAGCCAAGUCUAAGCGAAGUGGGAACUAAACAGCCCGUUAUUCCAGAAUCUGAAACACCAGUUGUAGAAGAAGAACAUGUUACCGCUCCGGUCGAAGAGCAAACUCCGAAAUCCGAGGUAUCUCCUAUCGAGGAACAGACUGUUACUUCUCCUAGUUCCAGUGAAGAAAAGACAACAGAAAGUGGUGUUUCGACAGAAGUGCCGGUAACGAGUCCAGAGGAACAGACAACUGAAAAGGCCAUAGAACAUGUCAAACCAGAAACGCAAUUACCUAAUGUAACGGAGGAACAUACAGUUAUUCCCAAAAUUCCCCAGGAAGGGGAAGAGCAGAAACCUGAAACGGAAAAACCUGGUAAAGAAGAACCGACUACAAUUUCCGAACAAACAGAAGAAGUCAAGAAAGAAACGGUAACGCCUGCUACUAGUAGUACAGAGUACAAGCAAGAAGAAAUUGAGCCAGUGAAAAUUCAUGAACCAAUGGAAACAACGACAGUUUCCAUAGAACAGAAACCGGAGAAGGACGAUCAAGUUACCGAGGUCAGUUUACCGGAACAUCCAGUGAGUGAAGAAGCCACAACAAUCGCAAGUUUGGUACCCGAAGAACAUCCAAUUGUACCGGUAGAAACGGAAGAAAAACUAAGCACUCAUGAACCUGAAUAUCAGACCACGUUAUCUACUGCAGAAGAAGAAGUAUCGAAACCAGCGACCGAGGCAAUCGAAGUGGAGAAACUUCCACCCGAAGAAGAAACCAUUACAACUGAAAGUGCGGAAAAAUCGGAGGAACCUGUUACGAAGCUCGAAGUAAGUUCAACCGAAAAGCCCGAGGAAACUUCAUCUGAAACGGAAGAGCCAGCUAAACCAGAACAGGAAACAGAAUCGCUCGAGAAAGGUGAAACUACUACGAAAAUAAUUGAAAGUGCAGUAACCAAAGAAACAUUACCAGAAGAAGUGGUUCCAGUUGAAGUGACUCCAGAAGAGAAGCCAACUGAAAUUUCUACAACAGAAGAAAAGGAAGGAGCACAUUCAACCGAACCUACUUAUUUAGUUGAAACGACUUCCGUUCACGAGGAAGAACAACCGUCGACAACCAAAUUACAGCCUACUGAAAGUCCUCUUCCUUCUGAGGGAGAAACUCCUGCGGGAGAAAUUCAGCCUGGCCAACCUGAGGAAGGCGGAGAGGCUCAUCCAACUGUACCCGAAGAGAGUCAUCCGAGUAUAACCGAAGAACCUCAGAUUAUUACGGAACAUGUGCCUGAAGAACCUCAGAUUACUACGGAACAUGUGCCCGAAGAACCUCAGAUUACUACGGAACAUGCGCCCGAAAAACCUCAGAUUACUACAGAACAUGCGCCCGAAGAACCUCAGAUUACUACGGAACAUGUACCCGAAGAACCUCAGAUUACUACGGAACAUGCGCUCGAAGAACCUCAGAUUAUUACGGAACAUCCGCCCGAAGAACCUAUUACGAUAAAAACAGAAGAACAACCAGGAACUUCUUCAGAAGCUGUCACGACUGUUGAAGGUCCAAUUAAGGUUUCCGGAGAUGUAAAACCAACUGAAUUGCCUGAGACGGCUACUAUCACAUCAGAGGAACCUCAAUUCCAGAUCCCGAUAAAGCCCGAAGAAAGUAUUCCGCAACCGGAAACGCCAAUCGAGGAACCUGUCAUAAAGACGCAGCCGACGUUGCCGACGGAAUUACCAACCGGAGAAAUUACAGAAGAGAUUCCCGAAGAGGAAUCCAUUCAUCCGCAAGAAGGCGAGGGUCAGCACAUUGAUCAUUUCCCGGAGGCCACUCUGAAGCCUGAGAUCGAUUAUAACUUCCACGAUCAACGACCGGCGACCACCUUGGCUCCUCAUAUUCCGGAUUAUCCUGACCAAUCCGGAAUAUCGGGCGAGGACACUCAUUUCCCCGGUGGCUAUCCAAAUCCCGACGAUGAUUAUGGCGAGGAAGAUUAUGGUGGACCAGGCACCUGCCGAUACGGUGGCAAGGUCUAUGUCUCGGCUCAACAGAUACCUAGGGACGAUCCGUGCGACUUCUGCUUCUGCUUCAGGAGCGACAUUAUCUGUCUUCAGCAGAGCUGUCCACCACCUAUUCCAGGCUGCCACGAGGAACCGAUCAGCGGUUUUUGCUGUCCUAGAUACGAGUGUCCUGUCUCGAUGGCCACGGCUCUUAACUUGACCACUACCACCACGACGACUACAACCACGUUACCACCGCACUUCCACGCGCACGCUUACAAGGGAGCCGCGAGACGAAGUGGCUGCCAGGUCCGUGGCCAGGCCUAUCGAGUGGGAGAAGUUAUUAAAUCGGCGUCUGGACCUUGUCUCCGUUGCAUUUGCGGAGGUGACGGCAACAUGAAUUGUGACCCGCGAGUAUGCAGUCCGGAACCAAUGCUGAGGCAAAUGAUAGCCGCGACUACAGAUGCCAAGAGAAGGAGAUGAGCCGCCAAGUUGGAUCACGGGAUUUAUCUCUACAAAGGAAUCAUAUAGGAUGAGCACGAAGACGAGAAAGUCAACAGCAGGAAAAAAAUUCAGUGUUGUAUAAAAGUGAAAUUAUUCUGAACUAUCUAAACGUCGCGCGGAACACAGACAAUAGUGUACUUCGGCGAUUACGAACUGAGUGGCCAAAACGUAAACGUUUAUAUUAAUAAUAUUAUAUUAUGUUAUAUAAAUAAAAAGAGAAAGAGCAACGAGGCGAGAAAGAGAAAAAAAGAAAGAGAGAUAGGAAGGAGGCAAUAAUACCGGUCGGAGAAUCGUAGGAGAUUAAUCGUGUUUCGGUGCUAAUAUGCGAACACGGAGAAAGAAAGCCAAGCAGCGUGGAUGUAGAAAAUGUAGGCAAAAAAGAAGAAAAAAAACGGAAAAAAUCGUGAUAAUUCCGCGUUCUAUCUCGCGUGGGAUAUUUUAUACAUGCCCUAAAAGGACAAGAAAGAAAGAAAAUUACUGAACGUACGAGACUUAUGACUGUGCCUUUGUCAGUGUUGAAUAUCAGCGGCACUGCUUUCGUUUCGGCAACGAGUGCCGUCCGCAGCCACGGUCAUCGUCGUCGGUAAUGGAAAAAAAAGGGGAAAACACGAAGGAAGAGAAUUGCGAUCGCGACUCCUAGGUGACGGGAGAAAAAAAAAGAAAAGAGGUGCGACAAAUGCGUUUCGUAAGACGCAUAAGAAACGGGAAAAAAAAAGAAGAAAAAAGAAGAAUAAGAAUGGAAAGAAGAAUUUAACGGCGCCGGCCGAGCGGGUCGCACAGUGAUACUGAAACAGCGGAGGAGGAUUCGUACGAAUCGUACGAAGGAUACCUCGAUUCGCAAAUCGUCUAGCUAGCUAGAAGCUUUUUUAAACGUUUUUUCUACGCAAACUAUACGUCCACGGUAUCCCUCCUACGAUGCAACGCCGUAAAUUGGGAAAUAUAAGAAAGAAUGUAAGAUUAUACGAUAUCCGGCGUAUCCUCACGGCUCUUAUGGUGUCACUGCGACAAUCUUAAGCGACGACGAUAUAUGUCAUUAUUUGCUACGCGAUCGAGCGUGUUCUGAAUCGUUUAUUCGGCUGCUACGUGUGUCCCGCUGAUCGGGUCACGCUACUCAAGUUUGCUGACGUUCACGCGCACUCGGACACGAUCGAGAUGAAUGGAUCGGCAUAACCAUAGCCGGCCGUGCUUCCAGUAUUCUUAAGCCGCGAGGAUCCAAAGAUCCUUUCCUUUUCAAGGAAGAACUUCCGAUCGAGCCAUCUUCUUUCUUCUUUUUUAAUCGAUCCGCCAAUACCAUACGUAUAUAGUGCCAACAAUCGUGUCCUAGUGCGCGCACGAGUGUAUGUAUGUGCGUGUGUGUGCAUGAUGCAUGUAUAUGUUAAAGACGAGAGAGAGAGAGAGAGAGAGAGAGAGAGAGAGAGAGAGAGAAAAAGAAAGAAAGAGAGAGAGAAAGCCAGAGAGACGAAAGAUACACGCAUCUCAAAGCUCAAACAGCGGCUCGCGCGGAGGACCGAUCCGAGAAUUUGCUUCUCCGGCGAGCUGGCGUCAUUAUAUAUAAAUAUAGAUAUAAAUAUAAAUAUAUAUACAUUUAUAUAAUUCUUUAUAUACACUGUACUCUCCUCUGAUAAUAACACUUAACGAUAACGAUGUUCUAUACAUUUGUACGAAAGUAUAGCUGUUAAGAGAACGAGAUGAGAGAUAAUCGCCCAUAACGGUUCUCCAGUCUCAAAGUAUCGCGUUAGAAAAGAGAAAACGAUAGGAACUACGGGAUCUCUUUCCAAGUCAAUUAUUUAUCUCGAUAGCGAUGGUACUCAGUUCGCUUGAUCGUCGUCUAAUCACGAAACAACGUCACGCUUUGAGACUCUGGAACUCUGCGGGCUGUCUUUAGUGUAAUAAAUAGAACGAAUGUUAUAUAUAUAUUAUAUAUAUAUAUUGUCGCAAGAAAUACUGCGCAUACUGUCUGUAUAAUAAUCGAACGAAGAUGAGUCAACGUUCGGUCUUCCUGAUAUCAGCGGCCCGUUAAUCCUAGUUACUCGUUUUAUGAAUUAAGCCCGUAUCCCCGGGAGAACAGCUUCUCGCGAAGAAAGAUAUCGUGAACGCGUUUUUCUCGUUUUCUUCACGUAAAGGAUCUCUUUCGACUUGAAAGUAAGACCAACGUAUUCAUGGAGCUUCCACGACAACUCGAUCGUGAUAUACAAAGUGGCCAUAUUAUUACUGUCACUGUUCUCAGACGUGAAUGAAACAAAUCUCCCACGCAAUAAUCGAUAAUAAAAUUUUUUAUAUACGUAC